AUGGACCCCGACACGUUGGGCUUGGUAGCCAUCAAGACUUUGCCAGGCCCUUUGUACGAACCCGAACAACCCCUUUCUGGGUUCGCCAAUAGCAAGUACGAAGGUGGAUACGACAGUGACGACUCUUUUGCUUCUCUUAGCAAGAAUGCUCCAACUGGCUUAACAACGGGUAGGCCUAGAAGCCAUACACUCCCCAACUCCAAGACAGGACGUACACCCAACUAUGGUAAAUCACCGACGUUAAACUUGCUCCGUUCUAGAAAAGCUGACCUUCUCGCAGGAAGCGACUCUAGUGCCCGUGAUCCUGCCCCAGCCCAACCUACCACUGAACGUAGUAGAAACGAUCACUCGAUUACUGAUCGCAAUUGUCCCAUAUCAAAGGGUGAAGGAAUGGAUCGCCAUCGCCAGAAGGACCGGCAGACAUGUAGCUCCCACACGCAUAGUCGUAUAGGACGAGCACAAGUGCAACUGGGAAACAAUCCCCACACAUCCGAAAGACAGCUUGUCGAGGGACUUCGAUCUGCCGGUGGUUGGCAUACGCCUGUCUCCAAGAGAAGCGCCUCGUCUAUUCUCAGCCCGAAGUCAAUUGAGGAUCAGGAGACAGAGAAGAAGCGCAGACGAGACCAAACGGCGCCGCCUCGCACUGAAGUGAACAAGCAUGAAGUGACUCGGGGUUCUGAACGGGUGAUGUCGUCUCACGGAAACCACGUUCGGCCUCGGUCGGCAGUGCUCGAACAUAUCAUCACCAUCGCGAACAGAUCGGGCGACAUGUCUGUGGCUAACACUAGCGACGCAAAAACGCGAGUUGCAGAUGAGAGGCAAACCCCUGAGGCAUAUGCCGAAAGCGUGGAGGAUCACGUCAAGAUUCUACACCGAGAAAUGGGACCUAUGAAGAAGCAGAGAAUGAAAGGAUUGGCCAAAUUGGGCACACAGAGGAAGAUGAAGAAAGAGCAUCACGACGAUUCUUCAGCUCUUUCGGGCGCCACAGCCCCGAGCAAGCGAGCAAGCUUUCUUCCAAAGUUGUGA